UGUUCUUGGCCAUCCUCGGUGCUGAUCCCUCAGUUACAUUGGAUAGCUAACUUCGUUCCGGAUUCCGUGUCCGACUUGAUCACACUGCUGGUACUGGGCUGUUUGGCCCUCCCUCUUGGUUCACGCCUUGCCCGCUUCCACAAUCGUGUUCCUCUUCGGCCGUUCUCCCGUCGGUCUUCGGUGUGGUCUGGGCCGGUCUCGCACGCCCAUGGCCCGUUAGGCGUGCUGUCGUCAUCGAAUCGAGCGUCCCACCUCCGGUUGGACCCGUGGUCGGUCGUCCUUGAACGCUAGUCUUACUUAACGAAAGACAUCGCCCCGUCCUGGUUUGGAGGCGUGAACGCCAUCCUGGUCCUGGCCCGCCUGGAACCGCACGCGGAUUGCACGUAACGUGACCGUGGGAUGAGCGUGUGAUUGACCAUGACCUCGCUCUCCACCUCCCCGCCCACGAUCGGUGCCAUGUCUCAGGCUGCACUGGCCGUGCCCACGGGUGGUGUAUUACCCGGACCUUUGAGCCCCACGCACGUCAUCAAACAAGGCUGGUUACAAAAACGCGGUGAACACAUCAAGAAUUGGCGUCCUCGUUACUUCAUCUUGAAAGACGAUGGCAUGUUUUUGGGGUUCAAGACCAAGCCCACCGCCGACACCGAUCUUACGGAUCCGCUCAAUAAUUUCACGGUCCGCAAUUGUGAGAUCAUUGAGUCGAAUCGACCCAAGCCGUUCACCUUCGCCAUUCGUGGGCUCCAGAUGACCACCAUCGUGGUCCGCACCUUCCACGUCGAUUCUGAAGACGAUAGGCGUGAUUGGGUUUCUGCCAUUGAGAAGGUGAAACUGAAGUUGGAAGAUGAAAACAUGGAGACAGAAGAAACGUCCGAAGAUAACAGCAAGUUCGUGGAUAUGUUCAAAAACACGGGCAAAAGGCGACACAGAGAUGGACGAUGUAAAGUGACGCUCGAGAAUUUCGAAUUCAUCAAGGUGCUUGGAAAAGGAACGUUCGGCAAAGUGAUUCUUUGUCGUGAAAAAUCCACCCAGAGUUUGUAUGCCAUCAAAAUUCUGAAAAAAGAAGUCAUCAUUCGGAAAGAUGAAGUAGCUCACACGCUCACAGAAAAGAAUGUCCUUCAGAAGACCAAACAUCCAUUCUUGUUGCAAUUGAAAUAUUCCUUCACGACAGUGGAUCGUUUGUGUUUGGUGACGGAAUACGUGAAUGGUGGUGAAUUGUAUUUCCAUUUGUCCAAGGAGAGACAAUUUUCAGAGGAUAGGACACGAUUCUAUGGGGCAGAGAUCAUCUGCGCCAUCAGCUACCUUCACAAGUUGGGCAUUAUCUACAGAGACCUGAAGCUUGAGAACCUGUUGCUCGACCAACAGGGUCACAUCAAGAUUGCCGAUUUUGGGCUGUGCAAAGAGGACAUUCACUGGGGGAACACCACAAAGACGUUUUGUGGCACUCCCGAAUACCUGGCUCCAGAGGUUCUAGAGGACAGUGAUUAUGGUCGGGCUGUGGACUGGUGGGGCGUGGGAAUCGUUAUGUACGAGAUGAUGAGUGGUCGUCUCCCUUUCUACAAUCAUGACCACGAGGUCAUGUUUGAGCUCAUUUUGGUAGAGGAAGUCAGAUUCCCGGGUUGCAUGUCACCCGAAGCGCGCGAGCUCUUAUCCGGACUCCUCAUCAAGGACCCGAACAAACGACUUGGCGGAGGUCCAGAGGACGCGGCCGAAAUAACCACCCAUGUGUUCUUCCAAACUAUUGACUGGAAUCUCUUGAAGGAAAAGAAGCUGGAGCCUCCAUUCAGACCCCAAGUCAUGUCUGACACGGACACUCGCUACUUUGAUACCGAGUUCACGGGUGAGUCGGUCGAGCUCACCCCGCCCGAUGAAGGCGGCCCUUCAGAGUUCUCGGCUAUUCAAGAGGUGGACGAGUCGUUUUCUCAAUUCUCCUAUCAAGAUCCUGGCUCAGUGAUGACCACGGGCUCACUCCAUAGUCGAAACUCUCUUCCAAUUCAUUCAGAAUGAUUCUUUAGUCGUGACCUCAACUCAUGAGGAAAAAAAAUGAAGCCUUUCUUCGCUGGUGUCUUGUGUGGAACUCGGGUUAAUAUCACGAGAGCACAAUGUUUGGACAAAAGUGAUUCAAGACUGGUAAAUUGUUAGUGUUCAAGUGGCUCAUGAAUAGUGAUGGAUUUAUGCAAUUGACGACAGAGGUGACAACUCAUGCUAGGCGCAUAAACAGCCUUAUUUUACGUUCGCAUGAUUAUCAAGGCAUCGUGGAACAAAUCUUGAACACCUGAGAAGCCUUUGGAUUCAGAUCACGCGAAUGUCUGUUCAACUUAAAACAUCCUACACUCUCAUCAACAACGUACACGUAGAGGCGACAAUAACUCAUACGAUACCAAAAAUCCCGCCGUGAGUCCAGUCUGGAAAAUUCCAUGAUUCAAUCGAAUCUUUAAGCUGACACUCAACCAACAAUCCCAUGCAUCGUAAUGAGACAAAUGAACUGUUCCUUAGAGAAAUGACCUAACGGGGGUCGAUCCAUAAGCAUUUCCCUUCCCUUUGGAUUCAGCGACUUAAAUGAGAACCAAAACAUAUUGCCCUUUCAUAUUGAAUCUCCUCGAUAUAAAACACGCAAAACAAACACCUCCCACCAACCAGCACUUCAUAUUAUAAUGAUGAUAUUCUAGAUUACCGUUAAUGCGACUCCUUCUUUCCCUUUGCCUCCGCCUCCACCUACUCCCUGUACUCUUACUACCACUUUUUCAUGAAAUGUUGGGCUUCCCGUCCCACGAGUCCUAUUUCUUCUAUUACUACUAGCACUGUAAUCACUUGAAUACUAUCAUGAUUAUUGAUACUGUCAUCAUUACUACCGCAACUAAUACUGCUAUUAUUAAUAUUAUCUUUAUCAUCAUUAUGAUUAUUAUUUUCAAUAUUACUAAGUAACUUCUGGAACAGAACGGUUUAUCUAUCUUUUUAAACAUGAGAUGGAACGAGCUGUGAGGUUGUUUAAUUAUGCCAAGUCGUUGAAUUUGUUGGUAUAAGGUCAAAUAAUGGCGUCGUAAAUCAGAUGGUAAAUAAACGCUCGCAGUAACAGCGAAUGAA